ACGGACAAAAACAGACACACAGAACACGCCGGACUCUCCCUCCUUCCGACCAACAACCCUCUCCCCCUCCCUCCAAAACGCAUUUCAUCAUAAGCUUCCACACAAAGUUGCAGAAACAAAGAAUGGCGUGAACGCGGAGCUUCUUCAGAGAAGCCAUCAGUAGCCUUUUCUUUUCUGGUUUUUCUUUUUUUUUUUUUUUUUUCUAAGGAAGUUGAUAAUGGAGUGCAUAGGAGCUCGAAAUUUCUCGGCAAUGGCGGUCUCUACUUUUGCUACGUGGAGGUCUCGGCGGAUGACGAUGAGGACGAGUCACUUUCUGUCAAAUCAUCGCUGCUUUUCGUUCAAGGUGAGAGCCAGUAGCGCCGGAAGCGAGAGCUGCGUGGCGGUUAAAGAAGGUUUUGCCGAUGAAGAAGAUUACAUAAAGGCUGGUGGCUCCGAGCUCGUUUUUGUGCAAAUGCAACGGAACAAGGCCAUGGAUAAACAGUCAAAAUUAGCGGAUAAGUUGACACCAAUAUCAGUUGGAGAUAACAUACUGGAUUUGGUUGUGAUUGGUUGUGGUCCAGCCGGUCUUGCUCUCGCUGCUGAGUCAGCUAAGUUGGGAUUAAAUGUUGGACUAAUUGGCCCUGAUCUUCCUUUCACAAAUAAUUAUGGAGUGUGGGAAGAUGAAUUUAAAGAUCUUGGACUUGCUGGAUGCAUUGAACAUGUUUGGCGGGAUACCAUUGUAUAUCUUGAUAAUAAGGAUCCUAUUGUAAUUGGUCGUGCAUAUGGACGAGUUAGUAGGCACUUGCUCCAUGAAGAGUUGUUAAGGAGGUGUGGAGAGGCAGGUGUUACAUAUCUAAACUCAAAGGUGGAAAGGAUUAGCGAAGCUACCAAUGGUCAGAGUCUUGUAGCUUGUGAACACAAUAUUGUUGUUCCCUGCAGGCUCGCUACUGUUGCUUCAGGAGCAGCUUCAGGGAGACUGUUGCAAUAUGAGGUGGGAGGUCCUAGGGUCUCUGUCCAGACAGCUUAUGGCAUUGAAGUUGAGGUGGAGAAUAAUCCUUACGAUCCUAGCUUGAUGGUUUUCAUGGAUUAUAGAGACUACGCCAAACAAGAAGUUCCACAUUUGGAAGCUCAGUAUCCAACAUUUCUUUAUGCAAUGCCCAUGUCUUCAACAAGAGUUUUCUUUGAGGAAACUUGUUUGGCUUCAAAAGAAGCAAUGCCUUUUGACUUAUUAAAGAAGAAGCUUAUGUCGAGAUUAGAGACCAUGGGAAUCCAGAUUUUAAAAACUUAUGAAGAGGAAUGGUCUUAUAUUCCUGUUGGGGGUUCCUUACCAAACACAGAACAGAAAAAUCUUGCGUUUGGUGCUGCUGCAAGCAUGGUGCAUCCAGCUACAGGUUAUUCAGUUGUCAGAUCAUUGUCAGAGGCUCCAAAGUAUGCUUCUGUACUCGCAGAUAUACUGCAGAAAGAUCAUUCAAAAGGCAUACAUACUAGUAAAAGAACUGUUGAGAAUAUAUCAAUGCAAGCUUGGAAUACUCUUUGGCCACAAGAAAGGAAGCGGCAGAGGGCCUUCUUUCUCUUUGGCCUGGCGCUCAUUUUGCAAUUGGAUAUUGAAGGGAUUAGGACUUUCUUCCACACUUUCUUCCGUUUGCCCACUUGGAUGUGGCAAGGAUUUCUUGGUUCUAGUCUUUCAUCCGCAGAUCUCAUUCUCUUUGCCUUCUAUAUGUUUGUUAUAGCCCCAAAUGAUAUGAGAAUGUGCCUUGUCAGACAUCUACUUUCAGAUCCAACUGGCGCAACUAUGAUAAGAACAUAUCUCACCGCAUAGGCGGUUAGCUUCUCUAUUUCUACCUGUUUCUUGGUUCUUCUUUGAAUUUCCAUUCAAGAAAUAUGAGGAGCUAGCCUGCUUUCCAAAUUUGCCAAGACAAUUUUCUGUAGCCGGUGGAUCCAGGAAGAAAUCAGAACAAAGAAUCUUUUUGAAGGAUGGUUAGUCUCACCUAGUCCAUAAUAUUCUGAAAUGAACUGUAUCCUGCAAGGAGACAUUCCCUAUUAAAUCUUGGUAAAAUAAACAAGAUUUGAAGAUUAUACUGUAGUUUCCUUGCGUCUUCUGUGCCCUAGAAUAGUGCUUUGUAUAGAAUGAGAAUGUAGAUCAAUUCCAAUCUGGAAUUCAAUAUACUUAUAUCAUGACCUUAAAGAGUUGUUUCAAAUCCACUCGGUAUGAAUGGAUAUUGAUUCUUGGCUUUUUAGUCUGCAAACCCCAAUCAUCCCUCAAGCUUUCUAGAUGCUUUUCUCAGCAUUUGGAUUAACUUAAUGUAGUG